GGAGACGGGCAGGGGCGUCAGCGGACGCACGGCGCAUGCUCCGUGCCGCGCGUUCCGAGGCAGGGCGGAGCGCGGCGCUGCGCACCCAGCUGACCGGGGCGGCCGGCGCGGAGUGCGGGGCUGUCGUGGGGCUGUCAGCGAGCGGGGUCAGGAUGCCGACCAGCGUGGUGAAGGUGAAUGACAUGGAGGUUUCCACUGAGGGCUCGGACAAGACAGUCAUCAACAUCACUGUCAACCAGGAGUCGUGGCUGGCCUUCCUGGUCAGGUCCAUGCUCCAGAGAAGGGCCAAGCCUUGGGCACCCACCAGCCAGGGCCUUGCCAAGGGCUGCUACCGCGGGGAGCAGAAAGUGCUUGGGGCCUGCCAGGUGCUGCUCGGGAUCGUGUGCGGGGCCAUUGGCGUGAUGCUCUGCUUUGCGCCGCGCACGGAGGAGAUCUCGUCGGGAUCCCCGUUCUGGACAGGCGCUCUGCUCAUCAUCUCCGGAGUCUUUUGCAUUGUGAGCGAGAAGCGUGGCACCGGCUGCUGGGUCUGGCUAGCCUUGCUGCUCACCCUGGCCAGCGUUGUCUCAGCGACCGUGGCUGUGAUCAUCGGGGCGCGGGAUAUGACGUGGUCUUUCACCUUCACCGAAGGCUCUUACCUGUGUGGCCCGGCCUCACCGUCGCCCACGGCCUCCGAAGAUUUCUGGAGACCGCAGCACUGCAGGUUCGAGUUCAGGAGGCUUGAGAACCUGUUCCGGGGCGUGCGGCUGCUCCUGCUGCUGACCAUGGCCACCGGCCUCUGCAUCACCCUCUACUCCUUCCUCUACGGCUGCUGGGCCCUGUGCUGCAGGAAGCAGGACUGGGCCGAGGCGACGGGGAGCAAGGAGCCGCUACUGUCCUCUGACUCCAUCCUCCCGCCGGACAAGGAGAAAGCCCAGGUUGUCCAGGAUAUCUGAGCUCCCGGCCAGGCUCCAGCUUCGCUCUGCCGGGUAACCGCUCUGCACAGCCUGCAUCCCUCCCACACCGCCCUGCUUCCCUGUCCUGGCUCUGGAGCUGGGGCAUCCCACUGGUCCCUCUCCUGGACCAACUGUAGCCAUGUACUAGGGCGAGGGUCUUCCCAGGCCCUGCUCUGACUAGGGCAGCCAGCUGCUUGGAAAUAAAAGUCUCUCAUGAGUGUC